AUGCCUUUCGGCCCCAGCGAUGCUGCUCAAACUUUUCAGCGUUUCAUUUAUGAGGUAACGCGAAGACGAUGCGUUUACCCUUUUCUAGAUGACAUUCUUAUCGCCAGCCCAUCUGACAUGGAAUACCUUCAUCACAUCGACGCUCUCUUUCAACGCUUAAGACAACAUUGGGUUACCGUCAACCCCGAUAAAUGCGAGCUUGGCAAAAGCUCCAUCGACUUGCUUGGCAACCGAAUAUCCGCCUCUGGUAUUGAAGCUCUGCCAGAGAAAUUCCAGGCACUGAAAGACUAUCCUGCUCCUAGUCUCUUCAAACAGUUACGCCGCUUCCUUGGUCUGGUUAACUAUUAUUGA